AUGGAACGUCAUCAAACUCAACAAGAUAAUAAUGACCAUCUUAGACCGAACGAUACCGAACAUGUAUGGAAUCCAUUGACUCCACCAUUAAGCAAUGGAAAUAGUCAACAGCAACAGCUAAUACAUGCUCACCAAACAGAAGAUGAAUUGGCAGAUGAAUUAUUUGAAAAAAUUCAACAACUCAUUUGUGAUUAUAUGCGACAACCUCAUCGAGACUAUUUACAUUGUCGAGUUCUUCGAUGGAGCAUCCAAGAAGAUCUCUCACGUUUGUAUAGUGCUGUAAUUGUUAUUAAUCCACCAGCGAUUCGACGUUAA